GCCGGGAGUCCCGCGGGAGCGUCUGGGUCUCGGCCGCGUCCGGGAGUUCAGCGGGGGAUGCAGGAUCCUCUCUCGGAGGCUGGACGGGAGGAAGGGUGGCAGAGAGCGACGCCGGGGACAGCUGCGUCAGGGCCCUAGAGCGCGGGAGCGGCGGGCACUUGCUGGCGUGCGGUGGGGCUCCGGAGGCCGCCCGCGCGUGCACGGCCGGCGCUGGGCCUGAGCGGUGGGCGGGCUCUGCCGGGGCCUGGCCCUCGGGCUUCCCACCGCGAGGGCGGAGCUGCAUUGGAGCCUCGGAACUUGGGCAGCCGAGGGCUCCGGUAGUGCGCAGGCUGUUUUUCUGAGGGGAUUGGAAACGUGGCGCGAUGAGGAGCCGGAGUAACUCUGGGGUCCGACUGGAUGGCUACGCUCGGCUGGUGCAUCAGACCAUCCUGUGCCAUCAGAAUCCAGUGACCGGCUUGCUUCCAGCCAGCUAUGAUCAGAAAGAUGCCUGGGUCCGAGAUAAUGUGUACAGUAUCUUGGCUGUGUGGGGUUUGGGCCUGGCUUAUCGGAAGAAUGCAGACCGGGAUGAGGAUAAGGCAAAGGCCUAUGAACUGGAGCAGAGCGUAGUGAAGCUCAUGAGGGGCCUGCUGCACUGCAUGAUCAGACAGGUGGAUAAAGUCGAAUCCUUCAAGUAUAGUCAGAGUACCAAGGAUAGCCUCCAUGCCAAGUACAAUACCAAAACCUGUGCCACUGUAGUGGGUGAUGACCAGUGGGGACACCUGCAGUUGGACGCUACCUCCGUGUACCUGCUGUUCUUAGCACAAAUGACUGCCUCAGGACUUCAUAUCAUCCACAGCCUAGAUGAAGUCAAUUUCAUACAGAACCUUGUGUUUUACAUUGAAGCUGCAUAUAAAACUGCUGACUUCGGGAUAUGGGAACGUGGAGACAAGACCAACCAAGGGAUCUCAGAAUUGAAUGCCAGUUCAGUUGGCAUGGCAAAGGCAGCCCUGGAAGCAUUGGAUGAACUGGACCUGUUUGGUGUGAAAGGUGGGCCCCAGUCAGUUAUCCAUGUCCUGGCUGAUGAAGUGCAGCACUGCCAGUCCAUCCUUAAUUCGAUACUCCCCCGUGCUUCAACAUCCAAAGAGGUCGAUGCUAGUCUGCUUUCAGUUAUUUCCUUCCCAGCCUUUGCAGUAGAGGAUAGCCAGUUGGUAGAGCUCACAAAGCAAGAAAUCAUCACCAAGCUUCAGGGUCGUUAUGGGUGCUGUCGCUUUCUACGAGAUGGAUAUAAAACUCCUAAAGAGGAUCCCAGUCGCCUAUACUACGAACCAUCUGAGCUGAAGUUAUUUGAAAACAUUGAGUGUGAAUGGCCACUGUUCUGGACGUACUUUAUCCUUGAUGGGGUCUUCAGUGGCAAUGCGGAACAGGUUCAAGAAUAUAGAGAGGCUCUUGAAGCAGUCCUCAUCAAGGGCAAAAAUGGAGUCCCACUUUUGCCAGAGCUGUACAGUGUUCCUGCAGACAGGGUUGAUGAAGAAUAUCAAAAUCCUCACACUGUGGACCGAGUCCCCAUGGGCAAGUUGCCUCAUAUGUGGGGUCAGUCUCUGUACAUCUUAGGAAGUUUGAUGGCAGAGGGAUUUUUAGCUCCUGGAGAAGUUGAUCCCCUGAAUCGAAGGUUUUCUACAGUACCAAAGCCAGAUGUUGUGGUUCAAGUUUCCAUUCUAGCCGAGACGGAAGAAAUCAAGGCCAUUUUGAAGGACAAGGGAAUCAGUGUGGAGACCGUUGCUGAGGUAUACCCUAUCAGAGUACAACCAGCCCGUAUUCUCAGCCACAUUUAUUCCAGCCUAGGAUGCAACAGUAGAAUGAAACUCAGUGGACGACCCUACAGGCAUAUGGGAGUCCUUGGAACUUCAAAACUCUAUGACAUUCGGAAGACUGUCUUCACCUUCACUCCACAGUUUAUAGACCAGCAACAGUUCUACCUGGCUCUGGACAACAAGAUGAUAGUAGAAAUGCUUAGAACAGACCUCUCCUACCUCUGUAGCCGCUGGAGGAUGACAGGCCAGCCCACCAUCACCUUCCCCAUCUCACAUACCAUGCUUGAUGAAGAUGGAACCAGCUUGAAUUCAAGUAUCCUAGCAGCACUCCGGAAAAUGCAGGAUGGCUAUUUUGGUGGAGCAAGGAUUCAAACAGGUAAAUUGUCAGAGUUUUUGACAACAUCUUGCUGCACACAUUUGAGUUUCAUGGACCCUGGACCUGAGGGUAAGCUGUACAGUGAAGAUUACGAUGAUAACUACAAUGAGCUGGAAUCUGGAGAUUGGAUGAAUGCCUAUGAUUCAACCCGGAGCGCUCGCUGUGGUGAUGAAGUUGCUCGUUAUUUAGAUCACCUUUUGGCACACACUGCUCCCCAUCCUAAACUAGCCCCCACCUCACAGAAGGGAAGGCUAGAUCGGUUCCGAGCUGCUGUGCAAACAACCUGCAACUUCAUGUCCUUGGUGUCCAAGGCUAAGGAACUGCAUGUACAGAAUGUUCACAUGUAUCUUCCUACAAAGAUAUUUCAGGCUUCCCGGCCUUCAUUCAACUUACUUGACUCACCUCAUGGCCCACGAGAGGACCAGGUUCCCUCCGUUCAUGUAGAAAUCCAUCUUCCUAGAGACCAGUCUGGGGAGGUGGACUUCAAAGCACUGGUUUUACAGUUGAAGGAGACCUCCAGCUUACAGGAGCAAGCUGAUAUCCUUUACAUGCUGUAUAAUAUGAAGUUAUGCAUUUUGGGCAGGAAUACCACUGAAGUCAUGCUGAGUUCUUCUCAGUGUGUCAUAUCAGGAGGGCACUUAGUGUCGAUGAGUCCCAUUGCUGGUUUUAUCACUCAGUUAAGAGGACCUGACUGGGACACUGAAUUAUAUGAUGAAGGGGGUACAACAGUCCGAGAGCUGCUUACUGAACUGUAUGGCAAAGUUGGAGAAAUUCGUCACUGGGGCCUGAUCCGAUAUAUCUCUGGAAUCUUAAGGAAAAAGGUGGAAGCACUUGAUGAGGCUUGUACAGCCCUUCUCUCCCACCAGAAACAUUUGACAGUGGGACUCCCUCCAGAACCUCGAGAGAAGACCAUCUCUGCACCUCUGCCCUAUGAAGUGCUCACUCAGCUGAUAGAUGAAGCCAGUGAAGGGGACAUUAGCAUCUGGAUCCUUACACAGGAAAUAAUGGUAUAUCUAGCCAUGUAUAUGCGCACUCAGCCUGGCCUCUUUGCUGAAAUGUUUCGACUUCGAAUUGGUCUAAUCAUACAAGUUAUGGCAACAGAACUGGCCCACUCCCUUCGAUGUUCAGCUGAGGAAGCCACAGACAGCCUAAUGAAUCUCAGUCCUUCAGCCAUGAAGAACCUCCUGCAUCACAUUCUCAGUGGCAAGGAGUUUGGAGUGGAACGAAGUGUUCGUCCCACUGACUCAAAUGUUAGCCCUGCUAUUUCUAUACACGAGAUUGGUGCUGUUGGGGCAACCAAGACAGAACGAACUGGGAUAAUGCAGUUAAAAAGUGAAAUAAAGCAGGUGGAGUUUCGUAGACUAUCUGUCUCAACUGAGAGUCAGUCCAAUGGUGGUCAUCCCUUGGGUAUAGAUUUGAUGUCACCAUCUUUUCUGUCACCUGGCACACCCAUGGCUUCAAGUAGUGGGUCCUUUCCUAGUACAUAUGGUCGACAGACAUCUAAAGACAAUCGUCAAGGUCAGUGGCAACGCCGAAGAAGGCUAGAUGGAGCACUGAACAGAGUCCCAGUUGGAUUUUAUCAAAAAGUAUGGAAAGUUUUACAGAAGUGUCACGGACUCUCUGUGGAAGGUUUUGUGCUUCCUUCUUCAACCACUAGAGAGAUGACUCCGGGCGAGAUUAAAUUCUCUGUUCAUGUGGAGUCUGUCCUGAAUCGUGUACCUCAGCCCGAGUACCGCCAGCUCCUGGUUGAAGCCAUCCUUGUCCUCACCAUGAUGGCAGAUAUUGAAAUUCAUAGCAUAGGAAGCAUCAUUGCCGUGGAAAAAAUAGUGCAUAUUGCUAAUGACUUGUUCCUUCAAGAACAGAAAACCCUCGGUGCAGAUGACACCAUGUUGGCCAAGGAUCCUGCGUCUGGCAUCUGUACUCUUCUGUAUGACAGUGCACCCAGUGGCAGGUUUGGCACCAUGACCUACCUCUCCAAGGCAGCUGCCACCUACGUGCAGGAGUUCCUGCCCCACAGCAUCUGCGCCAUGCAGUGAGGCCUUUGGGCCCUGGCUGCUGGGAGCCUUUUGACGGCUGGUUCCUGCCUCGGUUGAUUGUGCACGAGACUGAAAUGCGUUGGCCUGAUCACUCCUCCCCCGCCCCUUUCCAUCCCAUCCCACCCAAGAGGAGUGACCUUUUCCAAUAGACGAAUCGCUUUAGAAGUGAACCCUGGCCUGGGGGGAAUAUGCUCCCCCCACCCCGGGGCACUUCAUCGCAGGCCUUAAUUCUUUCACGGUUCCUGAGAGUUUGCGUGUGUUUUUAUCUCUAGAUCUGUUACAGACUUAGUUUUCUAACUACUGUUUGGAGAGCAGGUGUUAAUAAUAACUUACUACUAAAAUU